AUGGUGUCUUCUGCUUCCUCCGAAUCUGCUAUUGAUCAAUCCAAUCCAUAUUAUAUUCACCCCAACGAGAAUCCUGCUCUUGUUCUUGUCUCUCCCCCUCUCGAUGGAUCAAACUACCAUGGCUGGUCUCACGCUAUGCGAAUGGCCCUGUUAUCAAAAAAUAAGCUCAAGUUCGUCGACAGUGCUCUUUCUCGUCCCUCAUCCACCGACAAAUUUUUUCCGUGCAACAAUCUUGUGCAAGGCUGGUUGACCAAGUCUCUCACUCCAACAAUCGUAAAGAGCAUUCUCUGGCUUGAUAGUGCUUCAGAGACUUGGAAAGAUCUGCAAUCGAGUGAGUAUUAUACUCAGUUGAAAAUUCUGUGGGAUGAACUCUCAAAUAUUCGUCCAAUCAAAGCAUGUUCUUGUGGAUCCACUGAUAGUGCUCAAGCUCAUAUAGAAAAGGACUAUGUGAUUCGGUUCUUGAGAGGAUUGAACGAGCAGUACACCUCUGUAAAGUCUCAGAUCAUGCUCGUUGAUCCGCUUUCGCCUAUUAACCGCGUUUUCUCUCUUGUUUUGCAACAAGAACAAGAACUUCAUCUCUCUGUUCCUUCCACUCCUACGGUUUUAUUGGCCAAAGGUCCACCUCGCUCUGCCAAACCGCAUAAUGGUCUGUCUAAACAGUGUUCAUACUGUGGAAAGCCUCGACACACUGAAGAGACUUGUUAUAGGAAACACGGAUUUCCCCCUGGUUUUAAAUUUCGGUCUUCUGCUGCUGUGAAUAAUCUUUCAGUUCCAGACUCUGGUAUUGUUCAAGCAAAUUCCACUGCAAAGCCUCCCCUGCUCCCCACUCCUCCAUCAACAACUGUCUCCACAGCUUCAGUUCUUCCUCAACUUUCGUCUGAACAAUAUCAACGCCUCCUCAGUCUUCUUGCCUCGCCUCAGACACCUUCUUCAAUUAAUCACAUCACCUCCUCUCCUAUACCAUCUUCAGAUACUCUUAAUCAAUCCUUUUCUGAUGAUUGGUUCAGCUAGGCUGCUUGAAGGGCUAUACAUUCUUGAUGCAGAUAUGUCAUUACCUCAAUCCACCUCCUAAGUUCAUUGUGCUGCUACUUCCUCUG